AUGAAAAAACAAAAUUUUCAUAGAAAUGGUGGAACAAAAAAGAAACAUCUAACAUUUGAUUAAAAAGUUAUGGUUUUAAAAAAAUUAGGACCUAAACCAUCGAAAUUAAGAAUUUAAGCUAUGGCAUAACAAUACAAUAUUUCAUCAUCAACAAUAAUGAAUUGGAUUGAGAAAGGAAUUUGGACAUAAAUGCCUUCUGUUUUACCAGAAUUAGAUUUCCAAUUAAACAAAUAAAAAUUAAAAAUAUAGAGAGAGAACUUUAUCGAACUUGAUGAAACGGAUUAAAACAACACUAGAAAUCCAAAAAAAGAAAUUGAUGAACCUUAAUAAAGUCUAUAUGAUUAAAUAGAAAUUAUAUUAUGA